UUGCAUUCUAACUGGCUUCUCUAGUUUCCAUGGCAACGACUGACGCCUCCCUGCUGUCUGCGGAAGAAGGAAAUGACGAUGUCAGUGUUUGAUGGCAUGGAAGUUUAAACCGUUUGCAGCUGAGGGAGCUGAAGUCACUGUGCCGCUGUGAAUCUUUUGCUCGACGCACACGCACGCCACAAUGAGCAGCCAGGAGCAGACAUGGGAGAAACUGGAUUCAGAGUUUGAUCACUAUCUGGUGGACAUGAAACCAUAUGUUCUGAAACUACCACACAAAUCAGAGCGUCAGAGAUGUGCCCUGUGGAUUAAGAAGCUUUGCGAGCCCUCGGGUUCAGGCACAGGAGUCAUGGGCAGGAAGAACCGCAACAUGUACGCCAGACUCUUACUGCACAUGCUCAGAAGAGGGGCCCUGGAGGGGCCGUUUACCCACAGACCAGAGCCAGGGACACUGAAAACACUGCCCACAUACAUGUCGAUCUACUUUGACGAGACCCUGUCCGCGAGGCCCCUGGACCAGAGCUCAGAGAGACUGCCUGACUGGGUGACGGGGGAGCUGGACAGUAGAGACUCCAAAGUGGACGACUCCUGGAGGCUGACAUCCAGAGAAGACGGGACCUUGACUUCCUCACCUCGUCCUGCACACAGGAGGAGACACACGUACAAUGAGAAGUUAGCAUCGCAAGCACGUUCCAAUAUUUUGACGCACAGAUCAGAUGAAAAAAACCACGUGGCUGAACAGGCUAAUGAUGGGCAGAGGAGACUUGUAACCUCCCUUGACGACAGUGACCUUGAAGCCCGUCUGAACAGCUGGAACCUGGGGAUUGAAAACCCCAGGUACUUGAGGGAGAACCCUAUACCCCUGUCUCCGAUUUCUCUCAAAACGAGCCUGGGAAAAAACAGCACCUGCUAUGAUGACCAGACUCCAGUUCACAUGCAUGAGAAAGAGGUUGAAAUGAAGGCACAGGUUUUGGAAGCCAGGUGUCACGAGGAGAAGCUGAAACUGCAGCAGAAGCACGAUGCUGAUGUCCAGAAGAUUUUGGACAGGAAGAACAAUGAAAUUGAAGAACUGAAAAACCUUUACAGGACCAAGCAGAAGGAAUCAGAAGAGGCAAUUAGGAAACUGGAGAAGAAAGUUCAAAGCCUGGUGCGGGAGUCGCAGGUUAUCCGAGAAAGCAAAGAGAACCAGAUCACAGAGCUGAAGAAAAUGGCUGAUCAAAGUGCUGAUUCUUUGAAAAACGAGUGGGAGAAGAAGUUGCACAACGUUGUGAUGGAAAUGGAACAGGAGAAGUUCAAACUCCAGAAGAAACACACAGAAAAUAUUCAGGAGCUGCUUGAAGACACGAACUCGCGCCUCUCCAAAAUGGAGGCAGAGUAUUCAGCCCAGGCUAAGGCUACAAACCAGAUGGUCAGAGAGCUGGAGGCCCGGGUUCAGCAGCUCACGGUGGAAGCUGAAAAUAGCAAUUUGCAGCGUCAGAAAGUGACCCAGGAGAAAGCAGAGCUGGAGCACCACAACACAAUCAUCAGCACAGAGCUGCACGAGGCCAGGAUAAAGUACAAUGCCCUCCAGAGGGAGAAGGGAAAGCUAAUCGAGGAGCAUGAACAGAACAUUCGCCAGAUAACAGCGAGCCACGACUCGGACCUCGUCCACUUCAAACAGGAGCACGCUCUGUCAGCAGCGAAGGCUGCAGAUGUAGUAGAUGAUUUGGAGCAGACUGUGUCUCAGCUGAAAAAGCAGCUACAGGAGAGUGAGCACAAGAGGCAGCAUCAGCUCAGGGAACAAGACAGCAGAUUUCAGCUGGAGAAGUCAGAUAUUGAGCACCUUAAUGAAAAAAAGCUUCGCUCACUGCAAAGUGGGGCUCAAAGAGACCAAGCUGAGGCCAAGAAGAAAAUGGACAUACUGGAGGAUGUUGUAAGGGAGAAGGAGGAGCAGCUCGCCAGGCUGACAGAGCUGCAGAAGAUACAGGCCCAGCAGGCAGAGGGCGCUCUGGAGCAGUUCAAGAGGCAGGUGGCGCUCAACUCCGAGAAGGUGUACUCUGAAAUGAAACAGCAGAUGGAGAAAGUUGAGGCAGAUCUCAGCAGAUCAAAAUCUCUCCAUGAGAAGCAGUCUGAGGAGUUCUCUUGGCAGCUCCAAGAGCUCAAGCAGCGAUACGAGCAACAGAUAGUGGAGCUAAAACUGGAGCACGAACAGGAGAAGACGCACCUAUUCCAGCAGCACAAUGCCGAGAAGGACAGCCUGGUCCAGGACCACGAACUGGAAAUCGGCAAUUUAGAGAAACAGCUGCGAGCCGCCAUGGAGCAACAUGACACCCAGACACAGGAGUGGAGGAAGCGGGGCAGCCAGACCAUCGCUGAGCUGGAGAGCCAGGUCCAUUGCCUGCGAGAGGAGCUGAACCAGCUGGAUGCUCAGCGCAAACUGCAGCUGCUGGAACUGGGGCUGCUCCGCGAGGAGGAGAAACGGAAAGCCGCCCAGGAGCACCAGGACGCCAUCGUCAAACUGCAGGCCGAGAUGGACAGGAUCAGGCCAGAGCUGCAGAGCGUCCAUACUUCAGAGAUGGAGCUGGCAGCCGAACAGACCAAAAUCAGGUUGAAGCAGAUUGAAAAGGAAUACAGUCAGAAGCUUGCCAAGUCUUCCCAGACGAUCGCAGACCUGCAGUCCACAGUGAGCUCGCUGCGAGAGGAGGCUGGUCGGCAGCAGCUGUCAGCAGAGAGGCACCUCCAGGAGAGGCUAGGCAAGGUUCAGGAGGAGAAGAGAAGCCUCACCAGAGAGCACGACAAGACCAACAAGGCUCUUCAGGACAAGAUUGAAAACUUUCAGAAUCAAGUGCGCUCUGUGGAGAAGAAACUUCAGAACAAGGAGCUGGAGAGCCAGGAGCAGAUAACCCAUAUUCGUCAGGAGUGUGAGCUGAAAAUAAAGGGGUUGAUGCCGGCAGCUUUGAGACAGGAACUCGAGGACACAAUUACCUCUUUGAAAUCUCAGGUGAACUUUCUUCAGAAGAGAGCCUCGGUGCUGCAGGAGGAGCUGGGUGCCUAUCGGAGCAGGAGGUAACCUCUCAAACAGACUGCUCCUUUACUGGGCGCACGCUUACUCAUCAAAAGCUGCAAUGAGUCUCUGUCCUUGAGCACAUGAAGACAUGGGGCAGUUCACACGAGGCAGUGAGAUCUCUGACAAUUUUAUCAAUCACAUUUAUUUCUGUGAAGCUCAUGAAUUCCCAGCCAUAUCUCACCAACAGUGUUUUUUUAUGUCAUUAAAUAUUCAAUAGUUUUUUAUUUGUAUUUUUUUUUAAUUAUUUGUAUUUUUUUUAAGUAUUUAUUUAAUUCUUACAUUUUUAAUACCGUUUGGAUUUUGUGUGAUUUGGUUUUGUACACAUUGUAUACCAGAUAUUAACUGUUUUUAACAAAAAAUAAAUCAAGAUUAUAAUAUGGACAAAUUGCUUUUUUUAUACUAUUAACAUUUUAUUAAAAUAUUAUACGUUGUUGCAUGUUGGAA